AUGGCCGAAGGCUCUGCUACUCUAAAUGAAGAACAACAGUCAAAUGAUAAUGCGAGUGCAACAGCAUUUGUGACAAAAGUCAAUUAUCCUGGACCGAAACCAGAUGUACAAUAUCCUCUUAAUGUUCAGUAUUGUGGUGAAUGCACAAUGCCGCUGGAAUUUUGUGAAUAUUCUCCAGAUCCAGAUCGUUGUCACGAAUGGUUAGAACGAAAUUUACCCGAUAUGAUGCGUCAAAUGCAAUCGGCACUCGGAGUUACAGAUGGUGAUAAAACUGAGAAAAAACAUCAAACGCGCGGAGGAAAAGCGAUACCAAAAGCAAAAAAGAAAUUUGAAGCACAAAAGAUCAUAUUGAAUAAACAGCAAAGAAAAGGAAAUAAAUUUGUGACAAUAAUUCAAGGACUUGCUUCAAAUGAAGUUGAUAUUGAAGGAGCUCGAAAAUUUUUUGCACAACGUUUUUCAUGUGGAUGUUCCAAGUCCGGUGAGGAUGAAUUGACAAUUCAGGGAGACGUUGUCGAUGAAUUGACCGAUUUAUUACCAGAAAAAUGGACUCAGUUAAAAACAGAAAAAAUGGCCAAAAGUAAAAAUCAUACAAAUCAUAAUCAGAAUCGAAAAGAUCAUCGUAAUGGGAUAAAACGUCCACAAUCACAACGUUUUCCAUCGUUGAAAGGAGUCGAUCCAAAAUAUAUUCGUAAUUUAAAAUUUACAAAAAAACACAAUCGUGUAGCUCGUAAAAAGGUAUUAAAACAAUUCCGUGUUAAAUCGGCUGAUCAACCGAUAAAAGCAAAACGUGUUUUUGCACCGCAGAAAAAGACUGGAUGGUCAAUUAGUUCAUUAUUAUCAAGUGUUGCCACUUAUUUUACUGGUGAAACAGUUGAAGUAAAAACUCCUAAAAAGAAAAAACAACCAAAAACAAAAAAGUCAAAAGAUACAACAGGAGCAGCCACCACAGUAAAAUCAUCGACAACUGGAGGUUCAGAUGGCAACUGUUCAUGUGACUGUAAUACUUAUCUAUUUGACUUUCUUUUUAAACUUCGAACACUUAUUGUCAAUGGUACAUCAUAUGAAAUUGAUAAUUAUUUUAAACAAUCACCAUUUCAUGAUGAAAUUGAUCGACGAUCCUAUCUUGGUUUAACAUUGAUGCAUGCAAAUAUUUUGGUACAUCCAAAUUAUGUACCAAAUGCAAAUGAUAAUGUUAUCACUGAUUGUUCAGAAGAUAAUGUAAUUUUAGUUUGUAAAGAAUUAUUAAAUCGUGGCUCAUCAGCCACAUCAAUGUCAAGAUGUGGAAUGAGACCAAUACAUAUUGCUCUAAGACGACAAUGGUUAAAAUUAACUCAAGUAUUAUUAGAUGCAGGAGCCGAUCCAAAUGAGGAAGAUAGUUUCAAUCUCAAACCGUUAGAUAUUGUUAUUCGGAAUGCUGAUGUUGAUGGGCUCAAGUUAUUAUCAAAUUAUGGCGUGGCACUUGAACCGAAGGAAGGAAGACCCUAUUAUCCUUGUAUCAAAUCUAUUCAUCCUUUGUAUGUGUCAUUUGUUCUUGGCCAUCUGGAAAUCUUCAAAUUAUUAUUGGCACUUGGUUGUACACCAAAUUUAAAUGUAUGUACUUGUCAACAUUGUGAAACUACACCAUUAUUUCCUUAUGGACUAAAUAUUCGAUUGUUUGACGAAAAUGGAAGACGAAUAUUUAUACAGUUAUUAUACGAAUAUGGAGGUUUAAUUGGUCAACAGUUUAAAAUACACGUAUUACGAUAUGAACCGAAUAAUAUUGAUUCUUUCGAGGCAGAAUUUAAGUUCGCUUGUGAUUUAUGUGAUAUAUCUAAUUAUGAUACAAAUAUCUUUAAAAAAUGGUUAUGUGUACCACGACGUCUACUAUCCAUAUGUAGAAUAAAAAUUCGAAAUCAAAUGUUAUCUAAUGGAACUCUUCAUCUUAUACCAACAAAAUUACCAUUAAAUCGAGCAUUAUUGAACUAUUUAACGUUUGAAAAUCCUAAAUCAAGAUUUUAUUAA